CACUGAUCUUUAUCCAUCUGUGACCUGACAGGCCUGCGCCAAGUCCGUGACUCAUCCACACCUACCUAUGUCAGCCUCCCAGCCCCGCCCCAAGCGGGCAGGUGAAGAGUUCACCCGCACACACCAUGAGGACGAAGACGGCUCAUCAACCAAGAAGCCACGCUUUGACCUUCGAAACCCUUCUGCUCUCGCCCCUGAUGCCCUAGAAGAGGAUGCAGUAUUAGAUGCCGAUGAGAUCGGACGCCGCGGGCAGCAAGUCCGCCGCAAAGCCGUCAACUUGGACGGUUACGACUCCGACAGUGAAAACGAGGGCUUUUCGGCGCGCAUUGAAGCUAGAUCUAAAGCAGCACAAAAGAAGCAUGAUGCCGACGAGGACGACAUGUUUGCCGAGCUGCAGGAGGACUUUGGGGCAGAAGAAAUCGAUGCGGACGAAGCCAUGCGCAAAAACAAAAAGAACGUUCGGUUUCUUCGAGACGAUGAAAUUGAAGGACAGGUCGCCUCUUCCAAGAGCGGUGGGACAGUCCACGCAGAUUUCACCAAAGGUGCCGACGCAAUUGACAAUGAGGAGGACGAAAGCGAAAGUGAGGUUGGAGACGAAGAGCGCGCUAGACCCGACGAGGAGCUGGACGAGGAGCUAGGUGCUGGUGCAAAGAAGAAGCACGCACCACUACUAGAUGCCUUCAACAUGCGCACCGAACAAGAAGAAGGUCGUUUUGAUGAUCAAGGAAACUAUGUCCGAAAGGCAGCGGACCCUGAUGCGAUCUACGAUACGUGGCUGCAGGGAGUGUCUAAGAAGGACAUUCGACGCGCCAAAGAAGCUGCAGACAAGCGAGAGGAAGAGCGUAAAGAGAAAGAGCGUAAAGACGACAGUGUGCUCACCGCGGACGCUCUUAAGACUUUGAUCGCCCAUCUGGAACGAGGGGAGACGAUCUUGGAGGCUCUUGCGAGAAUAGGGAAGGGUGCCCAGAAGAAGCAAAAAUGGCAGACCAAUCGCAAUAAGAACCGCAAGAAACAGAGUGAAGCUGCAAAUGAGGAUGCGGAGAUGACCGAAGACGAUCCAAAGGAAGUGGCCAGAAAACAAGCCAUCGAGGAGAUUACUGGUGCUGCCGAUAUCCUGAUGACUAGAGGGCAGGCAGAAAUCUAUGACACUGAACGCGAGAUGCUCACAAGGCAGUACCGACGCGAGACGGGUGAGGAUUGGGUCGAUCCUCCGUCUGCGGACGCCAAACCUGAGCAAGAAUCGCCUGCCAUGUGGGAAUUCCGGUGGUCUGAUGCCCGCGACGGUGGGAUUAUACAUGGUGCAUACGACGGUCCUACCAUGGAGUCCUGGAGAAAUGCAGGUUACUUUGGAGAAGGGGUUGAAUUUCGCCGAAGGGAUGCCGAUGGUCAGUGGAACAGCGCAGCUACGUUUGUAUGAGGUUGGCUUAAUCUUUCCAUGUCCUGAGUUGAAAUAUUGUAUAUGUAAAUUAGCAUCGGCGGAUACCCUGAGCCUUGGGAAUA